AGCUACGUCGUUGACACAAACUACAUGGAAAAAGUUAAAAUUUUAGCAUUGCAUUCUGUGAAGACUGAACUCGACGUUUUUAAUGAAUAUAUUCAAUAUUGUGAGCGAAAUAUUGCAAAAGAUAAUAUUUUCUGUUGGUCACUAACCCUUAUGGCAACAUUUUGUUUUGGUUUAUGGUAAUAUUUUGAUGUCUGCAGGAUUACAUAUCACCUUUCCAACAAUAAAAUGGGGAGGCAAUGGGGGAGAUGUCUGUGACGUAAGAAAGGUUUGGCAGGAAUUCCAAAUAUGGUGGCAUGGUACACGUGAUGGAUGACAUUCAGUUACUGAUUUUAUGAAAUGCUCUCGUUCACGAAGAGUUUUGCCGUUCAUUUUUGCAACAGCUCUGUCAGAGAGUUGCUUUGAAAUACCAAUGAAAAGGUCAGAAAGAAAAAAGUUGAAUGAAAUGACGACUGCACAAGGGUCACCUCACAGGUAUAAAAGCAACGAGCUACAACGAAGCUCGAUCAGUUCUUGCUUGGACAACUGUUGGUGUUGGAGUCAGGCGUUUGCUCGUGAAAUUGAUUGUGCAUCUUCGAGCGUCGGUUGUGACUUGUUAAAGUGUUUGAAGCAACCAUCGACGCGCUAUCUUAAAACGUUUCGAAGAAAAAGGACUUUUUGAAAUUACUUGGAUUUGAUCAUUUUCAUCUGGAUUUAGUUCCUGGAUAAUCUUAAGUCCAACAGGUCACGCGCACACGCUGACACAAACUGCGUUCACGUUAAAGAUCAAACUUGAAAGGCACUCUUUGUGAGAAGUUUGGAACAUCGCUACCCUCAUUACCUUGACGAUCUAAGAAAUCAAGGAGAUCUUUUCCUGAAACUCGAAAAUGGCUGUUUUUGAUCUUACCAUGUUCAUAUCGUCUCUCACGGUGCUUGCAUCGGUGUUCCAUCGAACGUUGGCGUCUCAAAACGAAUACAAGUUAGGUGUACUGUUGCCAUUCACAUACGAUUUGAAUUGGGAUCAUCCUUCUGCUAAAGAGUACGCUUCAGCCGUAACAUUGGCUGUGCGCAAAGUCAACGCUCAUCCACGGUUGUUGAAAGGAGCAAAACUCGGCUUUCUUUGGAGCAACACUGCUUGCAACAAGACCAAAUUGAUCCAGCAACAACAGUUUCAAAUAGAUCAAGGCGUUGUCGGAUUUAUUGGUCCCAGUUGUCAUGCUCACAAGGCUGUAAACACGGCGAAAAAGAAUCACAAGGCGGUUGUAUCUUUCGAUUGCCAAGUGAAUCGCGUUUGGAACAAAGCGCAGCAUUCAAAUUUCGCUUGUACCAAUCCCCUGCACAGCAAGGCCGCGUCGAAACUAAUUGAGCUCAUUAAGAAAAGGGGUUUGAAACGGGUGAAUAUUAUCUACGAAGAUGGUGCGAAAUGGCAUUCUUUUAAGAAAUACUUUACACAUCUUCUCAAAAAGAACAACAUUGCAACCGGUUUGAAACGCAAGAUACAGUACCAUGUGUUUUUUUCCAGGGUUCCCGAGUAUCUUUAUUUAUUGCCUUUUAAAUCUCAAGCUACAAUUAUCAUCGCAGCGUUUGACUUGACACGAGAGAUAGUCUACACGACUCAAGCACAUUUCGAGAAAAACCCUUAUUCGCCAUUCGACAGUCACCAAUUCAUUUCAACACCGCUGGACCGGUUAUCAAUGCGAAUGUACAUUUUACGACCGUUCAAAUGGUUCUUCAGCGCAUACAAACUUACCACUCCAAGAAGAACAAACGUGACGAUAAGAGGGUUUAGGAAACUGUCUUUGAUCAGCGAGGUUCCCACUGUCGAAACAAGAAAAUUCGCGAAGUUUGAAAAACUCGUAAGAAAAGCUUCGCCAAGAAAGCCAUGGUUCAGUAAGGCAUACGAAGGAUGUUUGUACCUAGAGAAAAAGUGUAUUUUUGACAGAUCUCAUGCAAAGGUACCAUUUGAAGCCGUAUAUUUGUACGAUGCUGUUUUUCAAUUUGCGCAUGCGCUGCACGAAGUUUUGGAGGCCCAGCAAAAACCAAGUGGCGUGAAUAUCAUCAAGAAACUCAAAGGAAGGCAGUUUAUUGGUGCCGAUGGUUAUCAACAUAGAUUUGACGAAAAUGCCAAUGUUGUUUAUAACUAUACUGUCCUUAAACUGCGAAAAGACGACAGAAACCAACUUAGCAUGCUUCCCACGAACGACGACGUUUCUCAGCAGUGAAAAGUUCCAUACGUAGUUAGUGAAAGAAUGGACGACCAACGUUGAAAGUAACAUGAUAAUUGUAAAAUAUUCUCACCAAUCUACUAUAGCUCCUCAUAACAGACUGUAUAGAAUUUAUGCCAUCUGUUGUGUAUAAAACAAUUGACAACUAUACACCAUCUACAUAGGCUAGUUUACUCAUCGUUUUAACGUAUUUUAUCGCCAUUCGUGGCUUCUUCUAUAAACCUUCGAAGAGCCAUUUUUUGACCGAAAAAGUAUUGAAAUAUCAAAGCGGUUAUAUCAUUUUGAUUAUCAUUCGCAAAGCAAGAUCUUCUAUACUAACUCGAGAUGCAAAACCGGAAAGGUUUUCUGGUUCUGUAUCAUAACAUGAAAUAUGUUCAAUUUGAAGGCGAGAAUUUUUAUAGUUUGCAGCUAGAAAAUGGCUAACUGUCACGGCAGGCGUCAUUUUCGUUUAAAGCUUUUGAAAUCAUGUUUACUUUCUCGUUUUUCUUUUAAGUACUUGACGAAAACUCAAAAGUGUAUUACAUGUCAAAGCAUAUAUAGACUGGGCGUUUAGUUGCCAAUCAUAAUAUUUGACCGUUGUCGUAAGACUGACAAGUAUGCAUUUGUUUAUGUCAAUAACAAAUAAAGAAAAGAUAAGCUAAGACUUGUGGUUAAAAAUCAUUAGGAGCACACUUUUUUCAUUUUCUCGUUGAAAAGAAAAACAACUUGUGGCGUUUUUUUUUUGUGUUAUUGACUGUAGUUUUUGUGUGGUUAACAGCUAAACGCUCAUACCGUAGUUCACGAUAGUUUUUUUCCUGGUUGUACAUAUUAAUUUACUUUACAAAAGCCAUUACAAAUUGUUGUAUAGUGCUCACUCAUUUAUUAUGUCUAUUUAUUAGUGGAAUAAACGUUAGUUCAUGCAAAAAAA